AUGGCGAGAAGUCGGUCAACACAACGCUGCCGAAUGCGUACAUUGGAAGACCACCCACGAAGCGGAAUCCUCCAACUUACACCGUGUCCGGCUAUGAAUCCGAUCAAGAACAACGGUGCACUUUUGGAAGUGAAUAAAAGCAUGCAGAAGGCCUGCCUCGAACUCAAAACUAUAUCGGGACAAAUCAAAGUGAUGCGGAAGAGGAUGGAGGAAGACGAGAGGGAUGAACAGGCGGCAAACGAUUGGAAGUUCGCGGCAAUGGUUGUUGAUCGACUGUGCUUGUUCAUAUUCUCAAUAUUCAUAGUUGUUUCAACAUGCGGCAUAAUGUUCAGUUCUCCUCAUCUCAUUGCGUGA